CUAUUCUCCAUUCCCACUCAAAAAAACUAUAUAAAAUGCAUAGCAUAUUAAGAUUAUAUCAUAACACGGUUCAUUAUUCUAAAUACACUAAGGAGAAAAAAAUACUACAAGAGAGAAAAAUAGGGAAUUCAACAGGAAAGAAAAUACAAAAAAUGGCAUUGAAAGAAACGUUUUACAUAUCACAUGGAUCACCAACAUUAGCCAUAGAUGAAACAAUUCCUGCUUGGAAAUUCUUGACAUCAUGGAAGGAAGUGUUUCCUCAUAGACCCUCUGCCAUUCUUGUUAUCUCUGGUCAUUGGGACACUUCUGUUCCAACCGUCAACGUUGUUAAUCAUAAUGAAACCAUUCAUGACUUUGGUGGAUUCCCCAGGAGCAUGUACAAGCUCAAGUAUCCAGCACCAGGUGCUCCAAAGUUAGCAAAGAGGGUGAAGGAGCUAGUCGAAGCAUCUGGGUUGAGUCGAGUGGACGAAGACAAAAAACGCGGGCUUGAUCAUGGAACAUGGGUGCCUCUCAUGUUGAUGUAUCCAGAGGCUGAUAUUCCAGUGUGUCAACUUUCUGUUUCAUCAAAUAAAGAUGGCACAUACCAUUAUAACUUAGGAAAGGCAUUAGCUCCUCUUAAAGAUGAAGGUGUUUUAAUAAUCGGAUCUGGAAGUGCCACUCAUAACCUGAGAGCAAUGGCUCCUCGCGGAAGCCCUACUCCUGCCUGGGCUUCGGCAUUUGACUCCUGGUUAAAAGAAUCUGUCGUCGAAGGAAGAUAUGACGACAUAAAUCAUUACGAAGAGAAGGCGCCAUACGCAAAAGUGGCUCAUCCAUGGCCUGAUCACUUCUAUCCAUUGCAUGUGGCUAUGGGGGCUGCUGGCGAGAAUUCAAAGGCCAAAGUUGUCCAUGAGAGUUGGGAUGGUGGUGCUUUUUCUUAUGCCUCUUUUGGUUUCACAGCAGCUAGCUAGUUGAUACAUCACAUUUCUUCACUGUGCUUCUGUCUUUUAUGUAAUAAUUAAAUAAAAUGUAGUGAUUUUUAUGAUCUAAUCUAAAAAGACAUUUAUGUGACUGA